UUACGGCGCUGCUGAAGGGAAAGCCCGCGCUUUUAGUAAACAGUGCGAUGUGAAAACGGAAACUUUCUGCAGUGAAUAUCUGCUCGUGUUUUCAGAUUCUCGUUUAGUUGAAAACAUUUUAACGUCACCCUUCGCAAAUAUAUAAUUUACAUUAGAAUUGUGUUUUCUCGCUUGCGCUGCUACCUCAUUGGCAAAUUUGAAAACUGAGCUGGAGGAUUUAAUUCGCUUCGGGUGCGACUCUCGCUCUCUUCAGUCGUCUGGUGUUAACGCAGUUAGCUAUUGGCAUCGAAUUCUGCUUGUGUGACAGUUUCGAAUCCUAUUUUAAUCGAGCAUGGCUGAUCAACUAACAGAAGAACAAAUUGCGGAAUUCAAAGAAGCAUUUUCACUUUUUGAUAAAGAUGGAGAUGGUACUAUUACAACCAAAGAAUUAGGAACAGUAAUGAGGUCACUAGGCCAAAAUCCAACAGAAGCAGAGUUGCAAGACAUGAUAAAUGAAGUUGAUGCUGAUGGAAAUGGAACAAUUGAUUUCCCAGAGUUUCUUACUAUGAUGGCAAGGAAAAUGAAGGAUACAGAUAGUGAAGAAGAAAUAAGGGAAGCUUUCAGGGUGUUUGAUAAAGAUGGCAAUGGUUUCAUCAGUGCGGCUGAGCUGCGUCAUGUAAUGACAAAUCUUGGUGAAAAACUUACGGAUGAAGAAGUAGAUGAAAUGAUUAGGGAAGCUGACAUUGAUGGAGAUGGUCAAGUGAACUAUGAAGAAUUCGUUACCAUGAUGACGUCAAAAUGAUUCUAGCAUCACAAUUCCUGUAAAUUAAUUUUGUUUUCUUGCUUUCCAAUUUAUGUAUUUGUCCGGCUAGUUUGACAAUUCUUCUGUUGUGGUGUUACCUCUGUAAAGACACUUUUGUACCAUAUUCCAUCAGUGCAUAUUGGCAUUGGUGUUAAAUAUCAUGUCGAUGUGUUGUGUUAGACCUGUCCUGUGCUUUUGUACAUUUCCAACUUCCAUUAAAGGUUAGACUCCAAA